UCCAUUUUUGGGUCUAGUCAUAUUUGGAUUGAUCAUAAUUCGCUUUCGAAUUGUGCUGAUGGGCUUAUUGAUGCUGUAAUGGCUUCAACUGCCAUUACCAUCUCCAACAAUUACUUCACACACCACAAUGAGGUUAUGUUAUUGGGGCAUAGUGAUACCUAUACAAGGGACAGGGUUAUGCAAGUUACAAUCGCUUAUAACCACUUUGGUGAAGGUCUUAUUCAGAGAAUGCCAAGGUGUAGGCAUGGAUAUUUUCAUGUAGUUAACAAUGACUACACGCAUUGGGAAAUGUAUGCGAUUGGUGGCAGUGCGAGUCCUACCAUUAACAGUCAGGGAAACAGAUAUCUCGCCCCAAGAAACCGGUUUGCGAAAGAGGUGACAAAGAGAGACUAUGCAGGG